UGCUGUGUUUUACGCUCCCGAUCGCAAAAUUUGUUAAAAAAUCGUUGAAAAAUGACUCGCCACGCCAGAAAUUGUACCGCAGGAGCAGUAUAUACGUACCACGAAAAGAAGAAAGAUGCAGCGAAUUCCGGUUUUGGAACGACAUCACGCCGUAUCGGUAAAGAUUCGGUGAAAAGCUUCGACUGCUGUUCGCUUACUUUGCAGCCCUGUCGAAACCCGGUCAUAACUAAAGAUGGCUUUCUCUUCGACAAGGAAGCUAUUUUGACAUACAUCAUUGCGAAGAAAAAUGAAUACACUCGCAAAAUGAAGGAGUACGAGAAGCAGGUAAAACAGGACGAGGAUGAUCAGGCCGCCAAAGCUAACGCAGAAGAGCAGAAGAAACUACACAAGUUCAUCUGUACCGAAAAGAACAUUGUCAGUACUGCCACUGCAAGCACGAUUGCCGAACAACCGAGCACCAGUGGAGCGAUCUCUAACGUGUCGCUCGGCAAGCGAAAGGAACUUCCCAGCUUCUGGUUGCCUUCGCAAGCUCCGGCUGCAAAGGUAUCCCGUAUCGAGAAACCGGACAGUAAAGUGUACUGUCCCGUCUCGAAUAAGCCGUUGAAAGCGAAGGAUCUGAUCGAGGUGAAGUUCACGCUGGUGAAGGAUCCAUCAGACAAAAAGUCACUGAUAGCGAAGGAAAACCGAUACAUGUGCGCCGUGACACAUGACAUCCUGAACAACGCCGUGCCAUGUGCGGUGUUGAAACCAACAGGAGAUGUCGUCACUAUGGAGUGUAUCGAAAAGAUCAUUAAGAAGGACAUGAUACACCCUCUAACAAAUGAAAAACUCACCGAAGCAGAUAUCAUUCCCCUGCAACGGGGUGGAACGGGAUUCGCCACCACGAACGAAAAAUUGGAAGCAAAAGAGCAGAAACCAUGUCUACAAGUUUAGCUAAUACGUGUUUAAUAUAACCCAAUUAUUUUACCUGGAAAAUUUAAAUAAAAUACUAUGAAUCAAU